AUGAGUUCUGUGAGUGGUAGUGGCGAAAAUCAUGGUGGAAACUCUGGUGAAAAACGUGGUGGACGUGAGAAGCGUGAAUAUCGAAAGGGAGUGAAGCUCAGAAAAUAUACACUCCAGGAAAAAAAAGAAAUGGUUCAGAUGAUGAACAAUGGUGCAAGAACAUGUGACAUAAUGCCUUCUGUAGGCUGGCUAGCAGCAUUUAAGAAAAGAUAUGAAGUUAAGUAUGCCCAGAAGCAUGGUGAAAGCAGAUCAGCAGAUGAGGAAACAGCCAGAACUUACCCAGAGAUUUUUCAACGUCUUGUGACUGAAGGCGGUUACAGCCAUGACCAGAUUUUUAACUGUGAUGAAACUGGGAUUUACUGGAAGCGGGCACCAAAAUCAGUCCUCAUCGCCAAGAAUGAAAGACAAGCUAGGGGUGUGAAGCCUUCCAAGGGCCGCAUUACUGUUUUAUUCACAGCUAAUGCAAGUGGUGACUGUUUGAUGAAGCCCCAAGUCAUCUAUCGCUCUGCUAAGCCUAGAGCAUACAAGAAUUGCAAUAUGAACCAGCUUAAUGUUUAUUGGGCCAGUAAUAAGAAGGCUUGGGUCACGUCGGCACUGUGCACUGACUGGUUCGACAAUCAUUUUGUCCCUGAUGCCCAGAGUUAUUGCAAGAGGAAGAAUUUAGAUUUCAAGGUGCUGCUAUGUAUGGAUAAUGCUCCGGGGCAUGGUAAAUUCCUAACAGGGCGUCAUCCUAAUGUAAAAGUUAUCUUCCUCCCGCCUAAUACAACAUCACUUCUACAGCCUCUUGAUAAAGAGUUCAUCUGCAACAUCAAGCUCUUUUAUUAUCAGUCUCUCUAUGAUGACAUGCGUGUCAAGACUGACUCGCUACAAGAACUAGAGAGGAUUGAGGCUGAGCUAAGUGUACGUGACCAGGAUGAGCCCGAUGAACCGCUCGCCAGCACCAGUUCAGACCCACCACCAUCUCAGACCCGAGAAAUGUUAACUGUGAACCAGUUUUGGAAAAACUACAACAUUAAGGAUGCUGUUGACCGCAUUGUGAAGGCCUGGCAGAAAAUAAACAAAGCUACAGUGUUACACGCUUGGAAGUUUUUGUUAGGUGAGGUCAGAACAGCUGUGCGUGAGCACCAGCAGGAAGCCACCACACUCUCGCAGACUGUAGAAGCUGCACGUCUGAUCCCUGCACCUGGCUUUUCAGCUGUGGAGGCCAGUGACUUGCAAGAAAUUAUUGGUAUCCAUCAAGAGGAGGCUACUAUUGAGAUGCUUGAGGAAGAUGAAGCUCAAGAUGAUCCUGAAGAGGAUGGACAGCAGGAGCAAAAUGUUCAGCCAGGCGAACCAACAACUCGGCAACUGACAGAGAUUCUCACCACCUUCUCACGGCUGAUUGAACAACUGGAGGAAUAUGACAGGCGCCCAUAUUCACGCAACAUAUUAUAG